GUGAUGCCAACCUUGUCUACUUCUUCCAUCAUUACACUAGCAUAAUAAAAUGUUUGGUUCUUUCUUUCCGUGUUGGAAUAGUUGGACUAUAAACCAUCCACUUAGAUAGUGCUAUAGUAGUAGCAAAUUGGGGUAAAGUGCUAUACCUUGCCUUUUCUUCUCUUUUUCUCACUUGUUUGAUAGUGAAAACCCUAAAGAAGAAUUCCACACCGACCCAGAAUUCUCCCUUUCCUUUUUACCUCCAAUAAGAGAAGAGUUUGUUCUUGGUUUUCUUGGUCUUGUAGCAGAUAAUGGGGAAUUGCCUGUUUGGAGGGCUAGGAGAUGGCGGUGGUGGAAUAAUCAAAGUAGUAACAUCCAACGGUGGAGUUAUGGAAUUUUCAGGGCCAAUAACGGCUGGAUGCAUCACCAAUGAAUUUCCAGGGCAUGCUAUUUAUCCAAGCCAUGAUCUCUUCUGGAGACCCUUGUCUCUUCAUGAAGAUCUUGUUGUAGGUCGCUCUUACUACUUGCUUCCACUCCACACCAACACAAAAAUAGGAGGGCAAAUUGUAAGACACGGUCACGUCAGAUCAAAAAGCUGCAUACCUACUUCAUCUCUUGUUACUCCUUACAGGAUGUCUUUUGAUUAUCAAGGAAUGUUAAAGAGGUCCUAUACUGAAGCUUUCUCUAGCUCUAGAUAUAGCAGCAGUAAUAGUAGUGAUCAUAAUCAAGGGUUUUGGAAAGUAAAGCUUGUGAUUAGUCCUGAGCAGCUGGUGCAGAUUCUUUCGCAAGAAGCUCAAACUCAAGAACUGAUUGAAAAUGUGCGAGCUGUUGCAAAAUGCGGAAAUGGGAGUUCAUCAUCAUCAGCUGGUGGGUUUUCCUUAGACCAAUGGAGUCUUUCUAGCAGUAGAAAUGGCUCCUCUAAGAAAGACGGCCUGUUGGAAAUUUAGUGCAAGUACAAAUUCUAUUCUAGCUUUAUUCUCUUUUCUAUAUUGUUAUAGUUCUUUGUUACAAUUUAUAAUAAUUUGUGUAUGUUACUUUACGCUACAGUGACAAAAGCAGAAAAAAGAAAAUCGUAUGAUGAUGAGAUCUGUUAUACAGUUUGCAACUUACAUUUAGCUAUAAUUAAUUUCAACUGCAUCUGGGUGUUUCUUUU